GCCGACUUUUCAGAUCGGCCGCGCAGUCAGUCGAUGGCCAUGGCGCGGCUGGACAGUGUGCGGCCUUUGUUCCUGCUGAUCAUCAUUAUCGGCGCGGCGGGCGCGGCGAAAAAGAAGAGGAUCCCCUGGUGGAAUCUCAAAGCAGGACAAGAACAAGGGCCCAACGCUUGCGUGGUGGAGGAAAUCCCGGGCAAAAACUGGAAACUGUGGACAGAAUGCAAAUAUCACAACAACCGAGAUAUCUGCGGCCAGAAAACGAGGCUGCGUUACGAGUGCUGCGGCGGAUUUCACCAGCUCGACGGAGAGUCCGGCUGCCCGGGAGUGAACCCGAUGGCGGACGUGCUGCAGACCGCCAGGCACUACGGCGCCGGCAAGUUCGUCGAGUUCGUCGAACAGGCUGGAUUGACCAACAGGUUUAAGAGGGAAGGACCCUUCACGCUCUUCGCACCCAUCGAUAAGGCUUUUGAGAGACUGUCUGGAGACCAAAGGCUGCGCUUGGUGCCCAGCCGCCAGAAGAAUUCCACAAUUUUACUUCACGCAUUGGACCACAGGGUGACCAUGGACGAAAUCGGUUCGGACACCGUUUUGCCCUCUCUCUAUGGAGUGGAUUUGCGGCUCAACAAAUACACGAAUGGAAUGAAGACAGUGAACUGCAUUUUGAUCGUGCGCAAGGAUUUGCAAGCCACGAACGGAAUCGUGCAUCUCGUGGAGAAAAUACUCGAGCCCUUCUACGUGGUGCCAGGAAAGUCUUUGGCAGAGAUGAUUCAGACGGACGGCAGGUUCAGCGAAUUGGCCAAAGCGCUGGAGGGGACCAAGUGCAAGAAAAAGCUGCAAAACCCUCACCAGAGCUUCACCAUCCUUGCUCCCUCCGACGAGGCAUUCCAGAAACUUCCCCACGGCAAAAUGGAAAGGCUCCUCAACGAUCCAGAAAUUAGAGAAGCACUUCUGGAAAACCACAUAAUUCCUCACCCAACGUGCUUGAGUGCCGUCACGACGAAAACGAACCAGCGCACUUUGGGAAAAGAAAAACUCGAGUUUGACUGCGACAGCAAAGGUGUGAGCAUUUCCAAGCAGAAGAUGAGAAACAAUUACCAACUGGGCACAAACGGCGUGCUGUACAUGGUUGACGACCUUAUUUUCCCUCAGAAAGCCAUGAGUGCCAUGCAGAUUGCUGAAAACGAAAAGCUGUUCACUUUUUCGCAUGUUUUGCGAACCUCUGGCUUGUCUGAUGUUCUCGAGACCAUGCCGAACAUGACGCUUUUCGCUCCAAAUGAAGCAGCCAUGUACACUCUGCCGAAAGAAGAACUACAGCAGUUGAAAGAGAACAAGGAGAAGGCGAGGAAAUUCGUAAUGUACCACGUGGUGGAAGGUAACUUGAGAUCCGACUCGAUGGCCGCGGGCAGGAGCGUCCGAACGCUGGACAACAAGAACAAGUUGCGCAUCCAAGUGGAAAUGAACGCGUUCGGCGUGCAGGGGGCAAAACUGGAAAAACGGGACCUCGGUGGCAACAACGCCUGCAUGCACAUCAUCAACAAGCCCUUGAAGCCGCCAAUGGAGUCCGUCGAGACCUUCCUCAGGGCAAAAGGAGAUUUCACUUACUUCGCCAAAGGCCUGGGACAGGUUUUAAAAUCGUUCGCGCACAAUGGUACACUUACCAUUAUGGCGCCAAAUGAUAAAGCGUUCAGAGAACUUCCGGAGGAAACUCUGCAGAAAUACACUUCGGACAGAAAAUACAUGCAAAAGAUUAUCAAGGGUCACAUCGCUGACCACAUGGUGACCUUCUCGAUGUUGCGACCUGGCCUCAAAUAUUUGAUCAAGACCAAGCACACCCCCGUCUACUUCUCACAGGACAAAACCGGUCGAGGAAUGAUUGGAGAAGCAGAAGUGGUCGAGUCAGACAUCACGGUGACCGAGGGUGUGAUUCAGGUCCUGGACAAAGUCCUCGUCAACGGCAACAAUGGUCACAAGUGAACCGAAUAAUAUACUCGAAAUGCCAGCAAAGGUGUUCAUUUAACUUAACGCAAAUUAAUUUUUUUCUACUGCACGCCAACGCCUUGGAAUCGGUGCAGCAGACGCACAAAUAAUUAAAUAAAUUGCUCGUUUCACCUACUAAUAUUUUUAAAACCGUCAUCUUUUUAAUAAAUCUUAGUAUCUUUCAUAAAAAUUGCGUUUCUCUGGUCUGAACAUAACAUUUCGGCGGCAUAGCUGUGAAACAUAGGGUACAAUUCAGCGAAUUAAAAAUCUUUACUCAAUUUUUUCAACAGAUUUAAUUAAAUAUGAGUAACAAUGCUAGAGGCUCAAUAUAUUAUAUCUUCUUUUUGUCGUGCUCCUUCAGCAUCCAUUGCAAAAAUGAUUCAAGUGAAUUAAUAAAACAUGAGACGCAUCUAAAUAUGACCUGGGUUAAACUAUAAUAUAUACUUAAGAAUACACAGUUAUAAUGUCUGCAAUACAACAUCUAAAAACAAAA